UCUCAAAGCGGGGUAUCAUCAAAUACGUGUGGCAGCAAGGGACGUUGAGAAAACGGCAUUCCGUACCCACGAUGGACACUACGAAUUUUUGGUCAUGCCGUUUGGCCUCACCAAUGCGCCAGCCACUUUUCAAGCCUUGAUGAACGAUGUUUUCCGUGAGUUUUUGAGAAAAUUUGUCCUAGUUUUUUUUUAUGAUAUACUUGUGUACAGUGCAUCUUUGGAGCUUCAUUUGCAGCACUUGGACUUAGUUUUAUCACGCCUCAGCCAGCAUCAAUUGUUUGCAAACAAAAAGAAGUGUUUAUUUGGGCAGUCAAAACUCGAAUAUUUGGGUCACAUUGUUUCAGCAGAGGGAGUUUCGGCAGACCCAUUAAAACUGGCAGCAAUGAAGAACUGGCCAGUCCUUAAAAGCAUAAAGGAGCUGCGAGGAUUUUUGGGACUCACAGGAUAUUACAGAAAGUUUGUCAGAGGCUAUGGACAGUUAGCAAGACCAUUAACAGGCCAACUUAAGAAAGAUUCUUUUGGCUGGAAUGACGAGGCUCAGGAAGCAUUUUUAGCUUUGAAGACAGCCAUGUGCGAAGUCCCUGUUUUAGCUUUACCAAAUUUUUCAGCACCAUUUAUUGUUGAGACAGACGCUUCCGGAACGGGGCUUGGGGCUGUUUUAAUGCAGGAGCACAGACCAGUUGCAUAUUUCAGCAAGGCUUUAUCCUCUAGAGAUCGCUGUAAGUCGGUGUAUGAACGUGAGCUGAUGGCCAUGGUUCUAGCUAUUCAGAAGUGACGUCCUAAUUUGUUGGGCCGCCAGUUUCUUGUGCGUACAGACCAGCGAAGUUUAAGGUAUUUACUUGAGCAGCGAAUGGUGGCAACGGAGCACCAGAAGUGGCUUACCAAGCUGUUGGGUUAUGACUCCCAAGUUCAAUACAAACCGGGUCUCCAGAAUAAAGCGGCGGAUGCACUAUCACGGGUACCACAGAUUGGGGACUGCAAUGCCUUGUCAAUUCCGAAUAUGCUUUCUAUUUCAGAUUUGCAGAAUCAUAUAGCUACUGACCCACAUCUUUCUAAAGUUAUCCAGCAACUUCAGCAAGGAAAAGGGGGGCUGGGAUACUCCUAUUCGAAGGGCUGUUUGAAGUUUAAAGGGCGGCUGGUUGUUCCAGCUUCAUCACCAUUUAUUCCAUUACUUUUACAAGAGUAUCACUGCAGUAAUAUAGGGGGUCAUGCGGGGGCCUUUCGGACUUUUCAGCGUGUAGCCGCUGAUUUUUAUUGGCAAGGCAUGCGGCAGGAUAUCCAGAAAUUUGUGGCUGAAUGUCAGAUUUGUCAACAAAGUAAAUAUUUGGCGCAAUCUCCAGCGGGGUUAUUACAGCCACUACCCAUA